AUGGAGAGUGAAAUAGAUAUUGAGGAAGAAUACAAUUUGUCUGAUGAGUAUGUUGAUGACCCCAGUGAGCAUUACGAAACGGAGACGUGGUUCGAAACGCCAGCCGAUGACUUGUCAGAUGAUGCAUUUUAUUUAAAUUUGUCUGUCGCUGUUGUUGAAGCUGAAAGUGAUGAGAUCGAUGCUGAAUUUGUUGAGGCUGUGACAGAAAUCGAAGGUAAAAAGUCGUUUCCUUGUCCCAAAUGCACAAAAAUAUGCAAGUCGAAAGGCAGCUUGACGAGGCAUACCAACUCCAAACAUCGCGAAAAUGAUUCUUCGUCAAGUAUCUCCGAGCAAGAAACACAUCUGUCGGAAGAAAAUUUUGUUUCCAUUGUCAAAGCGAUUAAGACAAAACUUAUCAAGGACGAUCUGUUUGGGCAUGAAAUAAAUGAUGCUCUUAAAAAUGUUUCUUCGAGUAAAGCUUUAUUCCAAGCUGUUACACCCAUAUACAACAUGUUUUGCCGCAAACAAAAUCGAGACAAAUUGCUGGAAGAAUUUUAUGGGCUGUUACCGACUA